AUGGAGGGGAGCCGGGGCGGCGGCGGCUCACAUCGGGGGGUGGCCGGCGUGGGCGACGGUGAGGGCGGCGAGGGCGUCGGCGACGGCGACGGUGGGGGCGCGGGCCGGGGUAGGGGUGUGGCCAGUGACGACGGCGACGGUGGGGGCAGGUCGUGGCGCAGGGGCGUGGCCGGGCGCGCUCAGGGGCAGCAGACGGCGACGGCGUGGGCGGCGAACGACGUCAGCAUGGGCUCGGGUGUGGCGGACGGCGACGGCGUGGGCUCGGGGGCAUGGGCGACGGCGGCGCGGCAGCCUGGCGGUGUCGAGGAGGUCGGCAUCGUCGGGGGCAACUGGCAAUGA